AGAUUCCCGUUGGAGGAAAGUUUCUCUCUCCACACACAUCUACAUAACAUAGACCUCUUCUCUCUCUUUCCUCUGUUCCGAAAAAAACAGAGAUAAAACAGAGAGAGAGAGGAGAGAGAGUUCAAUGUUCUACCACAGUCCAUGGCUAUAACCGGGACAGACUCCCAGCACCAAACCUCAACCAAACCAUCCCCAGCUCCUCCACCAAUCGAAGUCGAGUGCGUAAAAUGCGCCUCCUGCGGGUUCACAGAGGAUUGCACCCCAGCCUACAUCUCCCGAGUCCGAGACCGCUAUCAGGGCCGUUGGAUUUGCGGGCUCUGCGUCGAGGCGGUGAAAGACGAAGUUCUACGAUCAGAUAGGCUCAUCUCCACCGAAGAAGCCCUGAACCGCCACAUAAAUUUCUGCAAAAAGUUCCGGUCGCAGAAAGAAACAGAGCACCCUAUCUUAGCCAUGGGUCGGGUUUUCCGGCGGAGCUUGGAUACUCCGAGAGCCCUGAGGUCAAAUUCCAGUACUACCCUCGGAGAAGUCGAAGGGGUUCGCAGCCCGCCGCUUGUUCGUUCGGGAAGUUGCUUCCCUUCUCUGUCUAGGUGAAAAUGGUAAAAAGCAGAGGAUUAAAAGGUAAAUAUGUGAAACAGAGGAACUCUCUUUUUCACUUGGAUACAGUAACAAUUUGGGAUUUGGGUAAAUUUUGGGUCGGUUUUUCUUGCUCUAAUUGGGAAUAUGAGAAAUGGGUUUUUUAAGUUAAUGAUGAGGGAACUGAUAGGACUGAACAUGAGCUUGUUUUUCUAGAAUUCCAAUGUAAAUAUUUCAUAUGUUAAUUUGCUUCAAAAAUGCAUUUUCUUUCUUGUUUCA